AGUUUUCCUUAACCAUCAGUUGGAUAUAUACAAUUGAAAGACAAUAAAAAUUUGUACAUUUAAUAUUUUAGUUUACAAGCAACAAGAACAUUGUGCAUCAACCAAGUCUUAAAAGUGCUUAUUGAUGAAAAUACGACAUUCGAAUCUCGUGUUGCAUAUGAGAUUGUGAAUUUAUUUUAGUUUUGGCGGUGUGUUAGUGUUCCAUUGACAAAGUGAUAGAAUGGUGCGCACAAAUCGACGUAAGGGCAUUGAAGAGGUAUAUGGCACCAAACUGGAGGCGUUGCAACCGACCCGAGUGCAGCCUGCCCCACAGCCAGGCAUGACAAAGACGGCAACAAUGCGUGUUGCCUCAUCCCGCAAGGGGGAAACUCGCACCCAGCGCAGCUAUGUAACUGCUAAUGAUUAUUAUAUCACUACAAAUGUGCCGUUGAAUACUUCAAGUGCGGUUCUGGCUCAUCCUUCGAAAGCAGCCCAGAUGCCAGUGCAAACCCAAGCGAUAUCGAAUGACUCAAUGUCCAAUCGUCGCAUCAGGCCGACCACUCGCCAGCUUCCGGCUAACCAUCAGCCAAAAGUGAACUUUGUGGCUGCGGACAAAAAGGCACAGUGUCACACACAUCCACAUGCUCACACUCAUCCAUAUGGCCAGCCGAUGCCACUGCAGAUGACUCACCGUACAGUGUAUGCGCCAAAUACGGAAAUGGAUGAUAAUCUAAUCGAUCUCUCCGAUAAGAAUCAACUGCAUGGCAUAACAAAUGGACGUCGGUCACAUAUGCAUCCGCAUCAACCAAAUCAGCAACAUAUUCAACAGAUUCCACAUCCGUUGCAGCAUCAGCUACAUCAGCAGCAGCAGCAGCAGCAGUUUAAUCAACCGGGCAACAAUAAUAUACACCAUCAUUCGCAUCCGAAUAUGAAGCAUAAGCAGCAGCAACAACAGCCACUACAGCAGCAGCAGCAGCAGCAACAACAGCAACAACUGCGACCUGCUCAUGCUCAUCAGCGUGGUGGCAUGCAGCCUCCAGCUGUAACCGAGGAUGAGGAGAAGGAUGAAGAUCCCGAAGAGUUAUUUGAGCUUAUACGCCAGACAGUGAGAAGGGCCGUUGGAACUACAAUUUCCGAAGUAGUCAACAGAAAUUUUCGCGAUAUGGCUGGCAAAAUGGAACGUUUUUCAAAUGAACUGAAGAUGACCAAUGACUAUUUGGGUAAAUUACAGAAUGAAGUUACUAACAAGGUAAUUCACUAUGGGGAGGAAAACACACGCCACUUUCGCUACCUCUGCAUGAAAUCCGAAUACGAUAAAAUGUUCUACCAGCAACAGAAACUAACAUCCGGCAAUCAGACAGCUUCAAAAGUGGCACCAACUCCCGUUGUUAAUCACAAUACGACGCCAGUGUCCUCCAGAGUUUCCAAACUGACAACUGCUUUCAAGAAUGUCAAAUCUGGCAAACAGUUCACAGCUGGAAGGACCGGUCACGGCAACCAACUAAAAGCGGCGAAUGAAUGCGUUAACGGGCAGAAUCCUUGUGCAUGUUGCAGCACUUCCAAGUCAUCACACCAGCAUCCGACGGGAGAGCAUCAAUCUUCGUCCGCGCAAAGUGUUAAUGUGAAGUCCACGGGGCUGGGUGUACGUGAAGUGUUGGGGCAAAUACAACGCUUUUGCACACAGAUGCAAAUAAAUGAUCUGAAGGAGGAGAUGCCAAUAUACCCUUCUCCCAUAGAACUUUCCAAAAUGGGUUUAUGCGAAAAGACAAGCCCCAUAUCCAACAACAAUGCAAAAGCUGUAGCUUCUACACAUGCUGCCCUCGAUGCGGAUCUGGAGACACCUGUGGACAGCACGGACGAAAUUGAUAAUUUUGAUUACAGCUCCGAUGCAAUGUCCUCGUUCAGUGAUGGUGAUGACUCUAUGGAUACAUUAAGUGGCAAUACCAUAGCGCGUCCUCCAAUGGAUUCCUCUCGGGCCAAGCAACAAAUUCAUCAUUCUAACAAAGGUGCCGGUGAUGGUCAGUAAUUUACGUCGUAUAUGCGUAUUUUUCAGUUAGAUAUACCAAUUACUUAAUACCAAUACAACAAUCCAACUGAAAUUCCUCAAAGAGCAAAUUAUGUUACGAUUUACUUUUCUGGAGCGAACUAAAUUUUUAAUGUCAAGUAUCAAGAAGCGGGAUCCCGUCAAGGUACACAAAAAAAAAUAACGUUUGGGUAUUUCUAAUUACAAGAAAUUUAUUAGAUCCGUGACUUAGUCUAAUUGCAUCAAGAAGAAAUUAAACUAUAAAUAAUUAAAAGGAAGUUAUAUAAAAUCA